UAACUCUAAUAUUCCUCAACACUCGCGCUGUUCACUGACAGUUUCAGAUUCACAAGUUUAGCUGUCACAGUUUUAAGUCAUGAUUUAUAGAAAACAUGAAACUAUAAGCCAUCUGCACUCAGUACCGCGAGAACAGACCAGGGGUAGGUUGGUAUUUCUGUCGAGAUGAGUGACGACGCAUCGUCACGCUUGAUGUAACGACCCCCAACACUCGCCCAUUAAUCAAUGACUUCACACAAAUACCGGUGACCAGGACAGUGACAUGGCAGUUUUUAUUUCGCAUGUGUCAACGGUAACGCUGCUUCCGCAAUAUCCGAGUUUACCAGGUUGUGAAAUGUAAAUCAUAGAGACACACCGGAAUCAUUAGAAGAGAAACGCACACGUAGUAAAUCUGAGAAUCUAGACUAAGAACAAAUGGAGCGUCAGUACCACAGAAUGAAGUUUCCUGGUAUGGACGACUAUGGCCACCGUCAUCGUAUUCGCUCCCCUAGCAAGCUUAUCUACAUCGUGGGGGUCAUUCUCUUCCUCGGGAUCAUCCUCACCGUCCUCAAUAUCUAUGAGCUGCACAAGAUGAAGGAGGAUCAUAGCAUCCUCCACUCAGGGCUCAUCCUCCCAGAGGGGCGCGACGGGAAGGCCGUGUACAAGCAGCCGGUGGUCUGGGUGGCAGGGAAGAGGAUUGAGACUGGCUACCUGAAGCACGUAUUUAAUGUGUUUGAGAGAGUUGGGUAUGUGACAGGAAGUCAGGAGUCUGACUGGGACAUUCUCUGGUCACAUGACUACCCAUUUAUUGCAUUCGCCAAAUCUAUGUCCAACCUGAAACCACAUCAGAGGGUGAAUCAUUUCCCGGGGUCGGGGUACAUCACCAACAAGGCCAGCCUCGCCUCCACCAAGAUGAAGUUCAUCCCACGGGCGUUCAAAGUGCCCUACGACAAGGACAAGUUCCGAGAUUAUGCCAAGGAUCAUCCGGGCACCAAGUGGGUACAGAAGAGCAACAACCACCGCGGCAUCGAGAUCAAGGACAUACAAGACCUGGACUUGACGCAGGAGGGUACAUUUAUACAGGAGUAUGUGGCCAAGCCGUUCCUCAUUGACAAAAGGAAGUUUGAUAUCGGUGUCUAUACUAUCCUGACCUCCAUUGACCCCCUGAGACUGUACAUCGUGGAGGGGGAUGCUCUCUUCAGGUUCUGUGUGAAGGACUACUACCCCUUCAACUAUCACAUCCUGGAGAAGUAUGUGGUGAAGGAUGACUACACACCCAUGUGGAAGCUGCCAUCUCUGAAGAAGCUGUAUGAGGACAUGAACUAUUCAUUCAUCAACACCUUCAAUGCCUACUUACAGAAAAAAGGUCUGAACUACAGGAAAGUGUGGGAUGAUAUUCGAUCUGCCAUAUUGACUGUGUAUAAGGAAAAAGAAGCCAAGCUUGUUGAAGCAACAAAUAAGUACAAGAGUACCAGAAACUUCUUUGAGAUGGUGAGAUUUGACUUUGUCCUGGAUGAAGACUUAAAUGUGUACUUGAUGGAGGCCAACAUGUCCCCGAAUUUGUCCUCGCUUCACUUCGCCCACAACAAGCGCCUGUACGAACAUGUCAUCUUCAACCUCCUGGGUCUCGUGGGCCUCAUCCACCCCACCUCCAACAACUUCUACACCAGCUCUGAUGACGAGUUGGCGAUGCAGGUAUCCGACAAGGAUAUCUCUGUCUUCCCUGACGUGUGUAGCAGUAAUCUUUGUCAGAACCACUGCAACAACCUGGAGUGUAAGCUGUGCAGCGAGUGCCUGACGACGGAGUGGCGUCUGCAGCUGAAGCUGGCAUACCUGGAACAUCUCCGGCGGGGCAGCUGUAGGAGACUCUUUCCAGAGCCACUGAACCAGACGGAAGCCCUACAGUGGAAGCCAAAAAAAGAGCCAGCUUCUUUUACAAAAUUAGUAGAGAAAAACAAACUGAUUUCACUGUGGUUUUUGGGUAAAUGUCAACUGGAUUCCGCAUUUUGUAGGUAACCAUAAAGUUGGUACAUAACUGACUUUGUGUUGUAUGAUCAAGGAGAGGUUUGUCCAGGGUACAAAGAUGUUGAUAUUUCUAACACUUGUAACUAUACAUGAUACGACAGGAGAGUGUUAUGUUCGAGAUAUUCGCGACACAAUUGUACUUCCCACAUCUAGGGUCUCAUUUAUGGUUACAUCUCUGAGUAAAAUACUGUUUAGAAUCAAAUCAGUACAUUAACCCAGCGUGUACAACAACCCACCGUAUACAACAGUUUGAUGGAAACAUUAAAUGCUGUGUAUUGUGUUAUAUAAUACUCAAUUUUUGAAAGGGAUACACAACUUUUGAGCCACAGAUCCGUAUGUAUGUUUAUUCAAGGGAUUACAAUGUUGUUUUAUAUCAAAUCAGUGAUUAACCCACCAUGUCAAACAAAAACUUGAAGGGUUACACUUUCAUGUUCUAUGCUAUUUAAUUUUUUUAAGGCAAUUAAUUUUCAACUUUUGGUACGGAUAUCCUGGGCAGCCAUCUGGAGAUUGAAAGGGACUGAAUGUCUGGAGUUUUUUUCAUUGGAAUAGUAUCAGACACUGACACAUUUUCAAAUUGAAAUAAGCAUACUAUAAAUAGAUCUCACCCUUAUAUCUUUUGAUGUCAAUUGUGUCAACCCAAUUCGAUAAAAGAUUAAAAUCUGGUCUGUCCAGGAUUUUUAAAACUUUUAUCGACUUGUGUUGAUAUUUGAUGUCAAAAGACAUGAGUGUGAGAUUCUUCUUACAACCUAAAAUCAUUCUUCCAACUUUUUUAUUUUGUAAACAGUAACAAGCAGUGUCUUGUGUGUAAAAGGUAGAGCUAAGCAGCUUCAGAGGCAGAGAGAUUAGUGUUGCCAUUUGAUUGUGACGUCAUGGUAACCAAUGUCACGACAACCUGCAAAGCCCUGUGAUGCAUUUACAUUGCAGUGAGAUAUGGAAGCCAAUUUUGGGUGAUAAAAUUCAAUAUGUUGUCCUCUGAUAUUGAUGAUAGUAUGAAAUAUGUCAGUAACCCUGUCAAGUGUUGAAUAGUAUACUGAGCACACAAUUUUAAACUUUGUAAAUGAUAUGUACCCUUUUUUAUUGAGAAGUGUUUUAUCUGGAACACUGCAUUAUCAAAUAAGUCUCACCUGUGAUGUUAAGUUUCAUUUUAACCAUUUGGUCUGUGAUUAAUGUGAAAAUAUGUGUUGGAACGCUUUCAUGAAAUGUGUUACCAUGGUUACAAGGCUUUGAAAUAUCUAUGCAAUGACUGUUGUAGAUUUUGUAAUUUUUUUAAAUAAUUCAACUGUAAGUUCAGUCAUGUUAAGUACCAUUGUUGAUGAGGUUCGAUGUGGUACGUUCAUUGUUUGGGCCAGGCAGAACCCAUGGUUCAUGUCUGUAAAUUCCAUCACACGUUUGUCAUCAGCUGUCCAAUUGUCAGUUGUAAACUAUUACAUUGUAAUGACAAUGUCUAUAUAAGAAGCUGUUGAUAUCUUACAUACUUCAUAUCAGAGCACAUAUUGAUGUGUUGAUAACAAUGGGUAUAUAUACCAGAACAACAUUUUAGGAUGGAUGGCAUUAUUGCUGCCAUAUUUGAAAUUAACUCUGAAUACUGUGUCCAGUUUAUUGUUGAUUUUGGACAUGGCUGUCGUGGAAGCCAUCUUGAAAAUGUUGUUUUAAUAUAAAUUCUGAGCUAUUUCAGAACACAGUGUACAGUUUAAAGAUGGCUGCCAUUGGAACCAUGUUUAAAGAUUUAAUCAGAAUAUGGUUCUCAUUUUAACUACAUUUACCUGUGACAGUCUUCUUAUUCUAUUGUUAAUAUGGCCCCUGUGGCAGCCAUCUUGAAAUGGGUUUUUUAACCAUUAUUGACAAACUUCUUCUUUCCAACUUUCUCAUAAGUUAUGAUUAUUUGUAAUCAUGUUUUUCUUGAAUGGGUCGAUAUCCAAGAUAUCAAGUAUCAGUUUCAAUAUUAUUUGCAUGAUAUUUCAGUAGAUAGUUAAAUGUCUUUGCUGUUGGACAUUAUCUUCUCAUAAAAAUGACUUUCCUCAUAUUUGAUUUGACAUCAAAUCUAUACGUUAUGUUAGAAUAUCAUGUCAUGAAUUUCGUGAAAUAUGAUGUGUAUUUCAUCAAGGGAAGUCUGAAGUUGAUAUUUCACACCAAAAAAAUAUGUAACUUCUGAAUUUCAUAUGUGUUUUAUUUAUGUAUUUUAUUACAAGAUACGAUCUGUACUUAAAUGAUACUCAUUAAAUGUGUAUUGUUUGUUGUUGAAGAGGCAGUUUAGUCUUAUUGUGUAUUCUCUGAGAAAGUGUGUUCUGUUAGGUUUAGGGGCUAUGUUGAUUUCCAUGUCCUUUUGAAGUUGUGAUAAACUGUAAAUCAUAGAAUGCAGGAAAUUGUGAAGCAUUGAUAUCUGGACAUGUUGGACUUCUUCUCACAUGACAUUCAUUGCAAAUACUGAAACAAUGGCAUUUACCAGUAUCACGUCACAAAGCUCCCAGUAAACAAUGUAAUUUGGUUCUUUUCUAAAUGUGUCUCACUUGGUCUAUGUCCCUCCUAUUGACCAAUCAGAUUCCACCUCUCAUAUCACUUGCAUUUGUUUCAAACAAAAUGGCAGCACCCAGUGGAGACGAUCUGAUCAAUAAUCAAGAUCUAAAUUGUAAUAAAACAGGUCUUACUUUGCGCGCAUCAAAUCACGUGAGCACCUUGAUUAAAAACAUGAAAAGAUUUGGAAAAUAUCUGUUGCAGCUGAGUUGACGUUACACAUGCUUUGCAAAUCCGGCCAAUGACUGAAAUCUGCACAGCAGUUUAUGAACCAGAUGUUGAUUUUGCACCGCGAUUUUUAUUUGACUAUGCAUACACUCGUUACUCCAGCAAAAAUAUAACUCUUUAAUUCCAGCCUAGUUCAGCAAGGAUGGAAACUGGACUUUUAUGGUCAGUUGACUCCCUUGCCUUGGGGAGAUGUAUUGAUGGCAAUAUUGUCAAAUAAUCUCAUAAUUGAAGGCAAAACACUGCUCAUCAACAUUUGUGCACAUUUUGGGAACAAUAACAGCAAACUUUAUUUAAUAAAUCACACUGCUUUUUUACAUUUAAAUGAUCAACUCGUGCAAUAACUCAAAGAACCAUUUGAAUCUCUCUCAGUUGACCUGAUCCAUCUCAUGUCUUAUCUGGAACUUCCUGCCUGUGAUUUAAUGAAUGUCAGGUGACAUGUCAAACAGGAGAAGUGAAGUUUGUACUCAAAAUAGUAAACACUAAUAUUCAACAAUAAAAGGUCUGAUGUUGCUUAUUGAUAAUAAGUGAAGCUUUGUUAAUCCAGACGGUAACAGUCUCCAUGAAGUCAUCCUAAUUAAUUUCUAGAACAACAAAUCAUCGGAACAUGGUAAUAUCCAUUUAAUUCAAUAUUAUCGUUUACAAAAGUAUUUGUCCAGAUGGUCUGGAUUAAGGAGGUUUCACAGUAGUGAUAAGUUAUGCUUGCUUUCCUCUUCCUGUUUUGCCACAUGAAGAAUACUCCAGUUUGUGUUCCUCAACAGAAAAGCAUCAUUGUACAUGAAUAUUCUUCACUCCCUCAUUUGUGUUCAACUGUGUCUGUUUUAUUAUGGACUUUUUUCGGGUAUGAAUUAUGUUGUUUGCAAUGUGCUUAUUUAGCGCUUUAUCCCCCCAAACUGGAGGCAUUAGAACGAAACAUGUCUCUGCAUGCUAACUAUGAAAUCUGGAACUACUCGUUCACUUGCUUCCUGUAUCACCACACUGACCAUACACGUUCAAUUAUGUCGUGUAGCAAUGUCAGUUGAGAUGUAUGUUGAUGUUUUAUCAUGUUUUAUCAUGUACUUUAUCAUCAGAUUUAAUUUGCAUGGUGUACUAAGUUACUUUUACCCAUAUUGAUAUAUGUUUACAAUGGAUUUGUUAUCUAAGAUUCUUAAAUUCAUACCAGAAUAUUUUGAUAAAAAUAAAUGUUUUACUCAUAUCUCUUUUUUAAAAGUGGAUCUUAUUUAUUAAUUUUCGGUUAAAGUUUCCUCAUCCAGUGAUCAGUUUAAUGGUUGUUUGAUCAUGGCAAUGAUUAUAAAAAUAUUAUGAAAACAUGUCUAUUUGAAUAUUUUCAUGGAGAGUUUUGUUAUUAAAAUAGUAUCUUCAUCUUCUUUUGACUGAUGAGAGAACCCCAGCUUGAACAUUGAUGCGACCAUGUUAAAAGAAAAUUGAUGUUGUUACCAUGUAUGAUCAAAAGUGUACUUUCUGUAGUACCUACCCUGUCCACCGUUGUCUACUGGUGCAUAAUGUGUGGGGUAUAUUUUCAGAAUCUUUUAUGUCAGAAUGACAGUUAUUAUAACUACUUAUAUGUCAAUUUUUGUACAUAAAAAACAUUUACAGUUUUGAUUUUUUUCUCAUGUUUGACAGUGAUGAAUAUUGUACCUAUCAUCAAAAGAAAGAUUUCAUUUGUC